AUGAUCUUUGCUCCCGUAGUGGGCUCCAUGUCUGAUCGCAUGGGCCGCAAGAGGAUCCUCAUUGCGGUGGCUUUGGGCUCCGCAUUUGUGAAUUUUAUGCAGGCGAAAGCCGUCAACUUGACUCAGAUUCUGUUCGUGCGGGCCAUGGGUGGCUUCGUGUCCAGCGGCGGCCCGGUGUACACCGCCUAUCUGAUGGAAGAGACCUCCAGUGAAGAAGAAUUACGCGAGGUCUUAGUGCUGCAGCGCCUGGUGGUGACCAUAGGCGCUAUUCUUGGACCUCUCAUUGCGAAGAUCUUUUGGUAUUGGAGCUUUCAAACCUUGUGCUAUGGAAUGAUUUGCACCAACAUCGUUUGGACGCCCAGGGUUGGGCGCCGUGAUCGGGUUGCUGUUCUACGCAGAAGCCUGGCGUGGCAUUUCACGACGUUGGUUGUUUUGGCGCAACGGCUAACGCCGCAUUCUUGGAUUUUCUGCGGCCAUGCGUUGCCCGCAGCACUUCCGAACAACGCGCCCGCCAUGGCUCCGGUGGGAGAAGCAGCAACCGCAUGGGCGCAAGCCAUGGAACAUUUUGCGGGCAAGAAGCCGGAUGAGGCCUUAAAGAUUGGCACGGCUUUGCAAGCCAAGGGCAAAGAGAGCGGCGUGAAGAUGACCGAGACCGGCGGCGCAGUGGUUUGCGCCGUGGCAAGUCUCUUCAAAGGCGCCUCAGGUCCCGAGUUCGUAGACGCCCUGAAAGCGUUGAACGCCACCUGGAGCGAAGCCAUUGCCCUGCUCUCCGGCCCUGCGACCGCCAGUGGUGUGAGCCCAGCAUGGGCCAAAGCAGCCGAGGUGGCGAAAGCCGUAAGCAGCCGAGCCUCUGGGGAUAAGGCGCUGAAGACAGCAUUAGAUCUGGCCAAGGAGAUCGGACUCGCUUGGACCGAGAAGUGCCGUCGUUAUACCGGCCCCGGAACACUGGAGGGGUACACGCCUCUGAGCUUGGCGGACUUGGGCAGUGCGCAGCCAGAGGAUGAAGCCGCCCUGAAGGCGGCCGCCGCCGCACCGCAGAAGUUGACAGAUCCCAAGCAGAAGGCUACAGCAUUGGUGAAGGCCCUGCAGUCGGGAUGUUGUCGGGAACUCCGCGGAUUUGCAGGUGGACAAAAGGCCGCCCUGGCGCAACUGGAGAUGGAGAAUCCACAGCUGGAGGAUGCAUUGAAAGACGCGAAGCAGGCCCUUUCCACCUUCAGAGAAGUGAACUCGCUGGAAGGUGAAGGUACCGCACUGCGCGCGGUGGCUCUGAGUGCCUUGGGACAGGAUGCCUUUGGCUCCCUGCAGGCGGCGAAUCAAUCGCUGAAAACCUUCAAGGAGAUCGGCCACGUCAAGGGGCAGGCUGCAGCAAUCCAUGCCAUUGCCAUGGCGCACAUGGGCAAGGACAGCACAGACGACUGCAUCUUCCGUGGCGGAGAGGCCUUGAAACUGGCGCGACAGGUGGGUGACAGGAUGCGAGAGGUCGGCAUUUUGACCACCCUGACGGAGGCCUAUUUGACGCAAGGCAUCUUGGGUCGCGCCUUGUCCCACGCACAGGAAGCAUUGGAGCUGGCAAGGAGCCUGGGCGACAAGCUGCUUUUGGCCAAAGUCCUCUGCUUGGUGGCGAAAAGCUCAGCGGAGAAUGCCAGCACACCGGGACAAGAGGCGCUACAGAUGUACCAGGGCAUGGGGCUCAAGGACAAGGAGAGUGUGGCCUUGGAUGCGAUGGCUGGCGAUGCCAACGCGCUGAAGGUCGGCCAAACCUUGGCGGACAAGUUUCGUCAGGCCGGUGACAAGAAGGAGGAAGCCGCCUGCAUGUUCGUCUUGGCAAACAUUCACAAGGCUUCCCAGGAAACGGACCAAGCCCUGCGCGCUGCGCAAGGGGCCUUGGCCUCGUAUAAGGCCGCCAACGACCGGAAGGGCGAAGCGAAGACCUCUAAACUUUUGGCCCAGAUCCGAUUGGAGAAGGAAGAGCCGGGUGAAGCUCUUCGCGCGGCCGAGCAGGCUUUCAGCCUUUACCGCACCAUGACCUUCCCCAGCCGCGAGAGUCGUGAUGCUGAGAUCCUAUGUUUGAAGGCCAUGGUGGAUGCCCAGGCGGCCAUGGGUAGCCUGGAUGAAGCCAUGCGUUUGGCGACGGAGCAGCAACGGCGCUACAAGGGACUCAAGGAAAAGAAAGGCGAAGGAAGUGCGCUCCUGAUGAUCGCCAAACUACACCAGCUACGGGGCGAGACCGAAGACGCUCUCAAUGCCUUGGUGCAGAGCCCUGCGCUCUUCCUGGCCGUAGGCGAUCGUCGUGGUGAAGGUGAAGCAUGGCAGAUGAUCGCCAAGAUUCACCUGAGCCGAGGUGACGCACAGCAAGCCCAGCGGUCGGCAGAGGAAUGCGCGCUGGCCUACAGGAAGCUGGGCGACAAGAAGGGCCGCGCCGAAUCAGCACAGCUGGUGGCGGACGUGCACUUCGCACUGGCCUCGAUGGGGUUGGGCAACCCGCAGGAGGCCUUGAAGGCGUCGCAGGAAGCCGUUCAGCUGUACCAGGAGUUGGGAGAGAAACAACAGGCAGCCAUUUCUCUUCACAUUUUGGCCAAUGCGAAUUUGAUGAACCGCAACUUCGAGGAUGCCUUGAAAGCGGCGCAGGACGCAGAGACGGCCUUCCGUGCCCUGCGAGACACCGUGGGCGAGGCGGGCUCUCUGAUGCUUCAGUCGGGUGCUCACGUGGGCAACCGCGACUUCGAGGAAGCCAAGAGAUGUGCCAAGGAGUCUCGGGAUAUGUUCAAGUCCGCGGGAGACUACCAGGGAGAGGAUUCCAUCGAAGAUUUCAUGGAUCACGUGGAGGGCUAUGAGAAAGGUCGACAGAGCCUGGACGACUUCCGCGGCUUCUCCAUGCGUCGCACGGAUCCCAUGGUCAGCAAGGGACAGACGCGACGGGAACGCGCGCCCAGGAAGCCCAGACAGAUGUCUAACAUCUCCGACAUCGAACUCAUCAAGAUGGAUUCCUCCAAGGAGGGAAAGGUCACCUUGGCCUUCUUUGAUGGCUUUGAGAGUCGAGCAGCAGGCGGUGGCGGUCGACCGGCGCCCAAGGCCGCCGCAGGCCCCGGCGGCGCCGGCCCAGCGCUGGGGGUGCCGGAGAAGGAACAGGUGCUCUACAGCGUGCGCUGGGUUCAGGCCGCGGCGGGGAAGAAGACCGAGAGCGGCGCCAAGAAGACCCGGCGCGAGUUCACGAAGGAGGAAGAUAAGCGGCUGGUGAGCACGGCUGCGUUGGGAGCUCCUAAGGAGAACUGGGGUGGUCGCUAUGCAAAGUCCGAUCACCUGGAAGACGUGAGCGGCAAGAGAGGGCACCUCCCCACGGUCUCCGCCCCGGAGUGGCUCGCCGCAAGGAGCUUCACCCUGACGCCCAAGGUCUUGUCUCCUGCCAUGGUGAGUCAUCGUUCCUCCAGAUGGUGGAGGCUGUUGAUGGGCCGGGAGACUGGCAUUUUGAUCCUUGGCUCCAUGGCCUUCAACUUCAGCAUGGGCGUCACUGAGGGACCUGAGGUGGUUUUCUUUAAGGACUACUUCGGCUACAAUCAGGGCGACAUGUCGGACCUGCUGCUGGUGUCAUGCUUGGCCGCCUUGGUCUUGACGCCUUUCCUCCCAACGGUGCAAAGCUUGCUGGGUGAGCGCGAGUCCUGCGUGAUAGGAACGGUGGGAGUUAGCCUCUGCACCUUCCUGCUGAUCAUGGGAACCGGACACAAGUGGGUUCCCUGCUUUUGUUCAGGACUCUCCGUUGGACUCUUUGGAAGUAUGACUGGAUUGGGAUUCAUGGCCAUGGUGCAUGGCUGUUGCCCCAAGGAUCGCCUGGGAACUUUUUUGGGCAUCAAGAGCUUCUUUGAUAGCCUCGCUGGCACCCUCUCGCCUGCCUUUGGUGGUUGGCUGUACACCCGAGAUCACUUUCUUCCCUAUGGUUUGAGUGUGGGCCUGACGGCUGCCACUUCGGGCAUUUUUGCGAGCUUCGCACCGUUGCAGGAAAAACCAAAAGCCAUCAACAAGGAGGAGGUAGAGCCGAUGAUCGGCAAAGAAUUGGAAUCCGACGAGGAGGAAGGCGAAGCUAUGACGAGUUUGACCACCGAAAACCUGCCCUUCAGCAAGUCUACCAUGAUGUUGAAGCUGGUUACCAACGAGAUGGGUAUUUUGAUGGAUGAGCAGCUGGGGAAUUACUUCUAUUCCAAGAAUAACUUCAAGGCGGGUGGCAUCCGACGUUCAGCCACCAUCGGUGUGGAGAACUUCAUUUCGGCCGCGGAUGGCCGCACUCCACUGCGCGCCCGGCAACUGCGAAAUGCUUCGACCAAGCUGCUGGGACACAGUGGCAAAAUGUCGGCUGGGUCGGAAGUCGGUUGGCCCUUCGAUGCUGGCAACGUCCACGAAGCGCAGUUGAAGCUGGCUGAGCAGCGGCUUCAGGAGGUAACGAAUGAGUUGGACAUGCUCCGUGGUGCUACUGGCGCUGGCGACAGUAGAGGUGAUGAAAAUUCACCAAAGAAGACACCUCAGGCACCAAAGGUUCCCACCUCGCCACCUUCUUCGCCACCCAAGCUGACGCUUCAAAUAGGUGAUCGUAACCCCAAUCGCCUUGGAAGCCGCGUCAGUGGGGAAGCCAAAGUGAUGGAGACAUCACAUGACGGAUCACAUGGUUUCACUGAUGACGUCCUGGCCGAUCACUCGGAGGCGUCGCCGAACGAGUCGCCCGAUCACUCGCCACGGCCGCGGGUGGAGACGAUGAAUAGCGACGGUGAAAACGCUGAAAAGGAGGACUCCUUUGUGGAAGUCUCUCCUAGAGCUUGGAGUACACCGCUGCCGCUACCAGGCAUUGUGAUAGCAGAAGGCCAACGUCGUGUGUCUGAGUCUGGCAUGACCGGAGUGGUGCCCAGCGCAGGCGCAGCAAGCAACGGAACGGAGGUCUCGGUGAGUCCUGGACUUCCACGGCAGUUGUCGCGAAUGACUGGUGACCCUGAGAUGCGCUUCCGAGAAGAUGUGCCCCCAGAUCUGAAGUUGGCCAACGCUUGGCGCAAGAAGAGUAGUGGUACCACCUCGAAAGUGGCCAGGGCGGUGAGUAGCAAAACGCACGUGACGUUGAGCACCGAAGACGAGGAACUGCUGCUGCAGAUCUUGAAUCGGCUGGUGUUGGACCCCAGUAGCGGGAAACGCAUGUCCUUCGAGGUGUUUGGCCUGGUCCUGAUCAUUUACGACCUCUUUUGGCUACCCAUGCAGGUCUUUGACCCUCCGGUGAAUACCUUCACCGAAGUCAUGGGCUGGACCAGCAGUGUCUAUUGGUUGGUGGACAUCCCAAUGUCCUUCUUGGUGGGCAACAUCAGGCAGGGUAUCCUCGAGAUGAAGGUCCGCAAGAUCGCGAGGAUCUACCUGCGAGGCUGGUUCUGGUUUGACCUCCUGGUGGUGUCGGUCGACUGGGUUCUGAACAUCAUGGAAGUUGUCAACAACACCAAGAACGUCGGAGGCAUCAGCGCACUGCGCUUGGGCAAAGGCGUACGGGUGCUGAGGGUCUUUCGCUUGAUCCGCGUCCUGAAGGGCGGCGGCAUCUUGCAGGAGUUGCUGGACACAAUCCACUCGGAGCACUGUAUAAUUAUCGUUGGGAUUGUGAAACUGCUUGGUCUGAUACUUUGUGUCAAUCACAUCAUCGCCUGUCUCUGGUUCUGGGCGGGCAGCAGCGAGCACGAGGUCACCUGGAUCUCGGAAGCGGGUAUCAUGACAAGAUCUCUGGCAUACAAGUACGCCACAUGUUUGCAUUGGAGCCUGACCCAAUUCACGCCAGCCUCCAUGGAGGUCUAUCCGACCAAUGAAGAAGAGCGCAUUUUCUGUGUCUGCGUCAUCGUGUCUGCCAUGGUGAUCUUCUCCUCCUUCAUCUCGGCGAUUACGAACGCCAUGACGCAGCUCCGAAAUCUGAACAAAGAGAAGAUCGAACAGUUCUCGUUGUUGCGGAAGUACCUCACGCAGUGCAACGUGACCGGUGGCUUGAUGGCACGCGUCUUACAGAGCGUCAGCUCCGCAAUGAACAAGAACAAGCGGCGAGUGCACGAAGAAGACAUCAAGGUCUUACACCUUCUGCCGCUGAGCUUGCGACAGGACAUCAACCAAGAGGUCUAUUCUCCGUACUUCGUAGCGCAUCCCUUCUUUUCCGUUUGCAGUUCAUGCUUCGACGCCUAUGUGCGAAAGCUCUAUGCUUCUGGAUUGAAAGCCAAGUUCUUCCCCUCGGAUCAGGAGUUGAUCACCUCUGGGGAGCAGGCCAAAGAUAUGUGGUUCGUGGUCAGUGGCACGCUGAACUACAAGUCAGAUCGUCAGAUUUCGCCCAUACCCAUCUCCAUGACAGAAGGCACCUGGCUCUCUGAAGCCUGCCUCUGGGUCCACUGGGUGCACAAUGGCAUCGGCACUACAGCCUCAGAGUGCGACGUGUUGGCCCUGGACUCCAGCAAAUUCCAGGAUGUCUUCAAGGACGACGUCACCGUGAAACAUUACGCGGUGGCCUUCUGGAGUCAUUUCAUGUCGCAUCCGGUGGACUUGACGGACGUGUGGGCGGAUGAGGAAUGGCUCUUCCAGUGGUCCACGGAAGCUCUGCUCACGGCAGAGCGGUGUGUGGGCAGUGCCAUCCACCCCGACCAUCGCAAUGCGGACUUCCUGAAGCACGUCUCCGGAAAGCGGCGCAGCAGCAGUGCCAUGCUCGACGAGGCCUUGCUCGCCAAGGCGCACCGGGGUCACCGGAGUCACCGAUGGGUCACCGGUGACAGGAUUUGUUCGGAUCUCAAAGAGCUGCCUGGAUAA